GUAGUUACUGCGAACGCGGAAGUGGCGGAGGGUGAACCAUCCCGCUCCGGCUGGUUGGUCCGCCACUCUCUGGGUGUCUCUGUAAACUCUGCUGGGCACCGUUGCGCGUCAAAACAUUGCGUCUCUCUGCAGGACUUGCCAGGGCUGGAGAAGAGAGGAAAUUUGCCUGGGAAGGAAUGCGAAAGAGGUUAUAGGAUUGGCAGUGCCACGAAGAAAACGAGGAGGUGCGACAUUUUCCAGGCUACGUGGAGAUCCGUUUUUCUUCCUGUCAAAGGUGUUCACCUCCCGACCCACCGCCCACCACGGCCCUCACCUGUGUGCUGCGGUGCUUCCCCUGUGAGCCCACCUGGGCCGGCAGUCCCUUCUUGCACCGCCCGCCGACCCCGCCCAUGGUCAGGAUGACGCGCUCCAAGACCUUCCAGGCCUACCUGCCCAGCUGCCACCGGACCUACAGCUGCAUCCACUGUCGAGCCCACCUGGCCAACCACGACGAGCUCAUCUCCAAGUCGUUCCAGGGCAGCCAGGGCAGGGCCUACCUGUUCAACUCAGUGGUGAACGUCGGGUGUGGCCCUGCGGAGGAGAGGGUUCUGCUGACCGGCCUGCACGCCGUGGCAGACAUCUACUGCGAGAACUGCAAGACCACCCUGGGCUGGAAAUACGAACACGCUUUCGAGAGCAGUCAGAAGUACAAGGAGGGCAAGUUCAUCAUCGAGCUGGCGCACAUGAUCAAAGACAACGGCUGGGACUGAGAGGCGAGCAGUCGGGCGACCACAGCGGCGGAGGAAGAGGAGGAGGAGGGGCUUAAUGGGAGGGGGUGGGUGG